AUGACACUUGAAGAGCAAAUACAAGAGGUCAGCACUGACAUCGACGAAGCCAAACGCCUGAUCGACCAAACCACUCGUCCUCGCAUAAAGCAAAAUUUAGAGCUUCAACAGCGCAAAUUCGAAAAGGAAUUAAUCCAACUUCAAGAGAAGCUACAGAAACAACAACAACAGCAGCUAUUACAACAACAACAGGCUGCUGCUCAAGCAGAAGAAAAGACAGCAAGUGCCAGCGCCUUGCCAACCGCUACUCGAUCAUAUACAAAGGAUAUAUCAGUCUAUGCAUGGGAUCAAAAUGAUAAAUUUAUCAAGGUCUACGUUCAAAAUCUGGACGGUGUCGGCAACUUACCCGAAAACCAGAUUCAAUGCUCGUUCGAAAAACGUGGCUUUCAUUUACAAAUUCAAAAUCUAAAAAAUAUCAACUAUUCCUUGAAAAGAGCCCAUCUUCUGCAUGAUAUUCAACCAGAUCAAUCGACUUUCAAAGUCAAAAAGGAUAUGGUCAUUCUGUCGUUACGAAAAGUCGAGUCGAAAAAUUGGGAAUGCUUUUUACAGGACGAGAAGAAAGCACCUAUCAAACCGUUGCCAAAACUUGAUAAGUCAAAGGAUUCGAGUGAAGCCCUUAUGAAUAUGGUGGAGGAAAUGUACGAAAAUGGCGACGAUGAUACGAAACGAGCUAUUGCCAAAGCGUGGGUCGAAUCGCGCGAGAAGAUAAAUUCCGGCGCCGCCGAACCGCGUGAUAGGAUGAGACCUGGCAUUGUCGAAACGCCUGACUUUACAAUUUAUCCUCCUUAA